AUGAAAAGACAAGGGAAGGAGGAACCUGUGUGUUGCAACAAGAGGAUAAAACAAUCAGAGCGCCAAUCCAACGUAGAAUCUUCACAAAAUUCUACAGAUCAUGGACGUUCUAAUGCCGACACUAAUCUUUCAAUGCUCAACCAGAGCCAGGAUUUUUCCGGUUGCUUUUUUUCUUUCUUUUGCAAAUCACCAACUAGCUUGUUAAAAAGAAAAUCUACUGAUGCUAAUAUUGAUGAUCGUGAUGGAGGGGUUGUUUGUCUGUUGGACAGAAAUUGUGGAUCCGAACUUUUGAAAGAGAAAAACCAAUUAAUAAGUGAACAAUUCAGAUGGAUUUUUGAUAAUUUGAACAACCAUAACUAUAAAGUGUUUGAACCAUAUCUGAAUGACUUUAUUGCUCCAAAGACUACUGGAUUGAACGAUUAUAUGGUUCAAUUUGUAGUUUCCAUCUUUGGUGCUGAAGAGUUGAGUGAUGAUGAAGAAUCCGAAGAUGAAUCAACCAGUAGAAUUGAUUAUUUAACAGUAGAUGGUCUAUACCUUCUUGCAUUGUACACAUCUACACAUUUGCCUAAACUCUAUUCCCGAUUAAUGGUGUUUAGAAUGUACUCAAAAUCACAAAUAUUAGAAAUGAUGAAAAAAGGAGAUACAUUUCAUUUUGAAAACUCCUACCAAGAGUUUAGAAAGGAUAAGCAAUUUGUGUUGCAAGCCAUGUCCAUCAGUCCAAGUUGUUACAUCUACAUUGACGACAGUUUAAAGAAGGAUAUUGAUAUAGCCCUCGUAACUGUAAAACACGAUGGAUACAUGUUAGAGAAGAUGAAGAAACAGCUCAGAAGAAAUCCACUUGUUGUGAGUGAAGCCAUUUCGAAUACACCACUUUCUAUACAGUAUGCAUCUGACAAGAUUAAGAACAAUAUUGAAAUUGUAACAAUGGCUAUUAAGAAAGAUGGAAUGGUUUUAGAAUUUUUGAACGAAUCAUUUCUAUCCAAUGUUGAACUAAUGACCUAUGCUGUUUGCAGCAAUCCAGAAUCGUUUUCAUUGAUAAAAGAUCCCAAUAUUAAAAAAGAGGUCAAGAAGAGAGUUUCUAAUAUCAAGGGAAAGUAUUUUUUGAUGGAUAGAUAUUAA